AUGGAAGGAAAUUUACGUGAACUGUCGCAACAUUUAAAGGAAGCGUCUUCGCUUUUGUCAACUUUACUCGAUAGUGGUCAAUUAUCUAGUGCUAAUUCAAUCAAUGGUAUUAUAAACAAUCAAGCAGCGGUUGUGCCACAGUCAACCGUCUCACGCUCGACCGCCGCUAGUACAGCUAGCAGAAGCGAAGAAACAGCUGUCCGAUCCGAAGUCCGAUCAGGAAUCGGAUUGUCCACCGCAAUUGGCAGUAGGAUUGGAAGUGCAGUCACCCGUGCCCGAUCAAUGAUAACAAGUUCGGCAUCCGGAGGUGCUUACUCCAGACUUUCUCAAAGAGAACGCCGCCUGAGAGCUUCGACAUCAGCCGCUAGUAACCAACUCACGAACAAACGACAGAAAAAAGAGACAGUUCCAUUGAAAAAGGUAUUCGAAUUUGUGUUGGCAAAUAUAACCGUCGAAAGUGAAAGUUGGGCAAUCACUGAUGAAAAUAUUGCACUUCGUGGACUGAUUGAGACUACCACAGCAAGUAAAGAAGCAGAUAUUCGUGCUGAAAUUGGCAAGGCAACGAGGCUAAAACACCCUAUGGUUAGUGACAGCGAUUUUGAAUUCCUACGAGCUACCCGGAGAUAG